AUGAAGAUCACGGCGCUAUUGGUAUUGAAGUGCGUUCCAGAGGGAUCGGAUCCGGUUAUUUUAGCAAACGCAUAUGAUGUGAGUCAUUUCGGGUAUUUCCAGCGGUCUAGUGUUAAGGAAUUCAUUGUUUUUGUCGGUCGAACCGUCGCUAAACGGACCCCAUCCGGCCAACGCCAAUCUGUCCAGCACGAAGAGUACAUGGUGCAUGCUUAUAAUCGGAAUGGACUUUGUGCGUUGGGAUUUAUGGAUGAUCAUUAUCCGGUUCGGAGCUCAUUUUCCCUUCUCAAUCAGGUGAUUGAUGAGUAUCAAAAGAAUUUUGGUGAAUCUUGGAGGACUGCACAAGCAGAUAGUAAUCAACCUUGGCCGUAUUUGAAUGAAGCUUUGACCAAGUUCCAAGAUCCUGCAGAGGCGGACAAAUUGUUAAAAAUCCAGAGGGAGUUGGACGAGACAAAAAUUAUCCUUCAUAAGACCAUUGACAGUGUGCUUGCACGAGGUGAGAAACUUGACAGUUUAGUUGAGAAGAGUUCUGAUCUGAGUGCUGCAUCACAGGCUUUCAAGGAAAGCAGCCUAACGCAAUGGCCACUCAUUUCGUUUGUCUUAGUGUUGAAGCGGGUGGACGUGUUGAGAUUGUGA